UGUUGACUUGAGAGAGUGAGGUUAGGAAAACAAAAUUUUAAAUUUCCUGUCUUAUUAGAUUUUAUUCAACAAAGAAUGAAUAGUUCUAAAUUUUAAAAUAAAACCAAGAACAGUUACUAAAAUUAACUUUUCCUCUUUAAAAAAUAAAGAUGUCCUCAGGUUUUUCAUUUGGGGCUAAGACUUCAGCCCCUUCUUUUGGAGGAAAUAAUACUCUCAGUUUCGGAGGACAACAACCAGCAAACAAUCAGUUCAGUUUUGGUUCUAACACUCAACAACCAGCUGCUGGUUUUCCACUAGCAUUAAAUUUGAGCAAACCGACAAAUGCAGUAGCUCCUCAACCCACAGGAUUCGGUUUAGCUGCACCCAAUGUAACAGUUACAACUUCAGCAUUAUCAUUUGGAGGUGCUCCAGCUUCUUCUGUAGCUGCAACUCCUGGUUUGAAUUUUGGAGGAAAUGCAAAUACUUCUGGAUUUUCAUUUGGGGCUCCAGCAUCAAGUGGUAUUGGGCAGACAGCCCCUGCUGCAAGUGCUUUGAGUUUUGGUGGACUUACAACUGCAACUCCUAGUUUGGGAGCUCCUUCAACAGCAACACCUAAUUUUGGGUUAGUCUCAACAGCUCCUACUACUGCUUCAACUGGUUUGAGUACAGGAUUCACGUUAGGAGGUGCAACAAGUACAGCUGCUCCAACACUAGGUGGAAUUUCUAGUGCAGCAUCUACCCCUGGAUUCAGCUUUGGAACCAAAGCAACUGCCGGUUCUACAACAUCGGCACCUUCUACUUCAUUUGGUACGACUGCUACAACUGCACCAACUUUAAAUUUUGGAUUGUCCACCAACACAUCAACGGGUGGCUUGAACUUUGGGACGUCCACAGCAUCAUCAGGUGCCUUGAACUUUGGAACAUCAACAGCAACAACAGGUGGCCUGAACUUUGGGACAUCGGCAGCACCAACAAGUUUCAGUUUAUCUAAUCCGACGAGCAGUGCAGCCCCAGUUAAAGUUGGCCUGGGAGGAAUUCAAACAUCAACAUCCUCUACUUUAGGAACGGCAGCAGCUAAAGAAGUACCACCUAAAGAGCAACAAGUACCGAACGAAAUACAACAAGAUAUCGAGAAUUUCAAAAACUACAUCAAACAACAAAAAAUAUACAGCUCAGACGUCUCUAGAUGUUGCGUCAAAGAUUUUCGAAGUGUUGAAGCCCAAAUAGGAGUGCUCAACAAUGUUAUAAAAGAAAUAGAAUCGCAGUUGGAGAGGAAUAGAAGUUUGGCGGAAAAGCUCAAAUACGAUACUGCUCAGGGCUUACAACUAUUGGAGAUGGCGCAAAGAACACAGGACACCCCCGCUGGACUGCAGUAUGAAAAUCAGGCCCCCAUGAAUUUCUUCCUGAACUUGGCGGACAAAUUCGAAAAAGAAAUGCACGCCUUGAAAAUUCAAAUCGAGAACACUGAUAAAUAUGUCAAGAAUUUCGGCCAACCAGCUACUCUCACUUCACAAGAUUUAUCUUUAGGUAUGAAGCGACUCCAUGAUACCUUUGUGGCAUUAGCUGGUAGGCUUCAAUCGGUACAUACACAAGUAGAAUCUCAGAAAGAACUGUUCAUCAAUUUGAGAAAACAAAUUGCCAACGAUUUCACUAAUCCUUUUGAAUCGUUGGAUAAGAAACUCAACCCUCAUCAGUCGGUUUCAACUUCAAUGAAUCCCAGUCCUCCGAAAAUUGCUUGUGGACCAACUCCCUUCAAUCAAAUUAUAACCUCAAAUUUUCCCAUUAUGAGUCAACAAAAUGUGGGCACUCCUUAUCCAGGAAUGGGAAAUACUACUGGAUUUGGUGCAUCAAAUGUAUCUAAUUUAUUUGGUAACAGUAGUUUCAACCAAACGAAUCCAAACAUGCAGAACUCAACAUUCAGCUUUCAAAAUUCAUCUUUGCAAUCGAACUUUCAAUUACAAAAACCCCCUACAGGAAACAAAAGAGGAAAGCAAUAGUGAAUUAAGACUAGUUAGGAUAUUUUAUUCAUUACACUUUUUUUUUCUAGAAAUGUACAAAAUAUUUUAAAUUAAGAAAACUUUGGAUAUAUGUAUUUUAAAAACUUGUAUACACGGGAAAAUGUGACACGAUUUUUUUAACUGCAUUCGAUAAAACUAUUGUUAUAAUGACAGAAAUAAAAUCUACAUUGAAUAUUCAACAAAAUGAUUGUACUUC